AUGGAAUUACUGAGAGCUAUCAAGGAGGCCCAUUUCAAUAGAAAGCCAAAGGUAGUUCCGACGGCAGAAUUGCGCCGUCAAUGGACGAGGAACAGGCGGAAGAUAAUAGAAGGAGCUCAAGCCAAAUUUGUACUUUUCCCACCAGUACCGAAAGAAAUCGUGGAAGACGCGGCCUUCGUAACGCCGACUGGAGUCAAACGGCCCAGAGUUUACAUAACAUUACGCAUCCGCGGCUGGGCAGAGAUGGGUGCCCUGACUGCCGAGCUGUUCACAGACGUGUGCCCGGCGACUUGCCGUUUAUUCUUGGAAUUGCUAGACGGAGAUGCCCUCGGUUUCGGCUACGUGGGCACCUGUUUCUUUAGGUAA